CCCAUCUCAGGCAGUUUAAGACCCGCCCUUUGUGGGUGGCUGCCUCAGCCCUGGGACCUGCUUAGAUCUCCCUAAGACUGAGAGCUGCAGAGGAGCUUGCAGCCCAGACACUGCUCUGAGACUCCAGUCUAUUCUGUCACUUGCUGUCAGGCUGUAUUCUGGGAGAAGGUGGAAGGAAGGAGAGAGACCUGGGAGCAGCAGAGCAAGCUAUCCUGGCAACCGAACCCUUCGAAUUUAGCUCUUCUCAAAGCCUCCCUUCUGGGUCUAUUGAUGCUGGACCAGGAAGGUUUGGAGGGACAGAGGGUGAAGGCUGCCAGGCCUGUGGCUUCAAGUGACAGGCCUCAAUGUACUCGGAGAUCCAGAGGGAGAGGGCAGACAUUGGGGGACUCAUGGCUCGGCCAGAGUAUAGAGAGUGGAAUCCAGAGCUCAUCAAACCCAAGAAGCUGCUGAACCCUGUGAAGGCCUCCCGAAGCCACCAGGAGCUACACCGGGAGCUGCUCAUGAACCACAGAAGGGGCCUGGGUGUGGACAGCAAGCCUGAGCUGCAGCGGGUCCUCGAGCACCGUCGCCGGAAUCAGCUGAUCAAGAAGAAGGAGGAGGAGCUGGAAGCCAAGCGACUUCAGUGCCCCUUCAAGCAGGAGCUGCUGAGAAGGCAGCAGAGACUCAACCAGCUGGAAAACCCACCACAGAGAGAAGAGGACCACGCCCCUGAGUUCAUCAAAGUCCGGGAAAACCUGCGCAGAAUCACCACGGAGGAGAGAGCACUGUAGAGUUCCCUCCACUCAGCUCCUGCCACUCACUCUGGUCCAGACUUCCUCCAGACCUCCUGAACCAGAAGGCCCUGGCACAUGGUGAUGCGGGCAAGGCAGACCUGAAAGGCUGACUGUCCCUGGGAAGCUGGGGAACUCGCACCCCAUAGGAAAGCCUCUGUACGGUCUUUUCCUUCAGAGCACCUAGCCUCCCAGUGCUAAGAGGAAGUCACUGCCAGGAAAGACUUGCCCAAGGUGCCCUCCCUGAUCCGACUCACUGAGUAGGCUUCCUUAGCAGAAGUGGGAAGGAGGGCCAAGUGUCCCUCCAUUUUGCCUUAGCUUCCCUAACAAGCCCCUGCUUUGGGGAGCAUCUCAGCUCGGGACUGACCUGAGGCCAAGAAUGUCUUGGAAACCACAGAGCAAAGAAGGGAUCUGUCUGUGGCAAGGAAGGGCGUGGGAGGCCACAGCAGGCUGUGGCCAGGUGGGAGAAGUCCUAACCAAGGCAGCUUCGGGCCUUGCAGGCUUGCCUCAUGCUUCAGCCUUUUUCCUCCUCUCCUGCCCUCCAUGAAUUGCCGACCACAUCUCACCUCAGUGCUCCAGCUUCCAGCUUAGAACAGGGCAUAGCCAACUUUAUUGUACAUACAAAUCAGAGUCCUGUAAACAGUCCCUGGAAGCUACAGGUCUAACACUCUCCCAGGGGAAAGCCCAGGACACUGGUUUGAGUAGAUAGCUAGGAUGCAGCACCCAAGAGUGGUGCAGUUUAGAAAUAUCCAACUCUCUUGGCUCCCUGGCCUGGAGGUCCCCAGUGCCAUCUCUAAAGCCCCCAAAAUUCUUCACUCACUAUCCAUACCCCCCCCCACACACACACACAGGGAUCAUUGGCCUGGAAAACUCUAGCCCAGCAAAUCCAAAUGUUCUUCUGAUUAUAACUGCCAAUCUUUGGUCUUUACUGGUGUAACCACAAUACAAUUCUAGCCAAAAAAUAAAAGAAAAAAAAACUUAGCUUUUUGGAAAACAGAUAUACAAUUCCCAAUCAGCUCUGGAAAGAGAUGGUAGUUUGAACACCCCACUGCCAUGGUGAUGGAAUGGCCGCUUAGGGUCAACAUUGCCAGCCACUGUCACCUGAGACCCCCCAGUCUGGAUCAUCUCCACUUCUUCCUCCUCAAAAGCCUCUUCCUGUGUGAAUCUUUUGCUCCUAUACCAUUUUGAAGAUCUACAGCAAGACCUGAAUCUUUUCCCUAAAGAAUGAAACCCAUGCUUCAGCUUUCAAGCCCUUUUUAAGAGUCGCCUUGGUUGUGGUGUCUCUUCACAGCGAUAAGAACCCUAACUAGAUAACUAGACAGCGUCAGUUAGGAAAUGUGAGCAACAGACUUACAGCACUGCCAGAGAAGUGCAGAUCUUCCUGUGAGCAUGCUGGGUGCUCUGGCUCCAGGAAAUGAUGGCAGCGAGCAGCAGGGUGUGGGCUUGACAGUGAAUGGAGAGUCUAUCUCUUUCCUGUGCAUGAUGCCAGCAUAGAUGUGUAAAUAGAAAUUCUUUCAUUCUCUCUCUCUCUCUCCCCGCCCCCCCCCCCGUGUGUGUGUGUGUGUGUGUGUGUGUGUGUGUGUGUGUGUGUGUGUGUGUGUGUGUGUUUGUGUUUUCCAGAUCUAGAGGUCUAAAUGCAGUGAAGCUGUCUUAGGUACCUGCUGGUGAGGUGUUAUGCUGAAUAUGUGUGUUUCCUAAAUAAAGACAGUGUUGAGGGUUGUGACUGUACAGGUUUAUGUGCUGUUCUGACGCGUAAAGAGAAGCAAGACAGGACAUCAGGGAUAGUGUAGGACCACCCAAGGGUCCUAGCAGUCCCUGGAGGAAAUGGAAAGUCACAGAUAUGAUACCCCAAAAGCACAAGGGACCUUAAGGCAGGUCAUUCAGGAGAACCAUGGCAGACACUUUGAUGUUCUGUGAAUCUGUUAGAUCCAACUCCAUCUUUCUCACCACCUCCCACCAGAGACUAUAAAUAUAGAUUCUCACUCUCUCAGCCUUCUCUGCAGGCUUGGGUGACCAUGUGACAAGAUAUGGCCAAUGAAAUUGAAGUAGAAGUCUCAGGAGCUACUAGAAAAUCCCAUGCUUUGCUGAGAGCCUCCCUCUGCCUCACCCUUCUUCCUGCUUGACUAGGAAUGUAAUGCCUGGAACAUUAGCAAUCAUGUUUCACUGAGGAAAAGGCCAAGAGAUCUAUAGACCUUGUGAUCAUUUGACCAAGCAAGUGCCAACAGCUCUCCAUGUCCAAACUCCUUGAAAAUAAAAAUAAACUCCUGUUUCUUUAAGCCAC